AUGCUCUCAAACGACACAGCGUAUGAUCGUAGGUUCUCACGUGCUGGAUUGGCGUACAAGAUUGAGCUAUCUAUGUUACAGCACCCCUAUGCAGAUGUGUCAGGCCGCAAACACAAGCAAACAGGGAGACCCUGGCGCGACAAAGACUGA